CACAAACCAACAUUCUUGGAGAAGGUCCCCCCAUGGCUCCCCCAAUACUCUUCCGAGUCAUUCUUCUGUUGCUCCUUUCCGACAUAAUCGCGUCACGGUCCAUCGUCAAGACUCUCCCUGGCUAUCCCACCGAUCUCCCAUUUGAACUCGAAACUGGUUAUGUUGGUGUAGGAGAAAAGGAUGACGUGCAGUUAUUCUACUACUUUGUCGAAUCUGAAAGGAGUCCAAAAGAUGAUCCUCUUAUACUUUGGCUCGCCGGCGGUCCUGGUUGUUCUGCUCUUCGUGCCUUCUUCUAUGAAAUCGGUACGUUUGAUAUUCUUAAACUCAUCAAAAAGAAAUGAACUGUAAGCAUAGGGCACACACUGUUAUAUUGUCUGCCAUGAAAUCCACGUUGCAGGACACACACUGUUAUAUUUGUCUGCCAGGAAAUCCAAAGCAACGUGGGGAAGGAACUUUAAUUUUAUUUUUUCAGGUUUCAUGUGUCAAAAUAAGCCCUGGAGUUUGAAGAUAAAACUCGAAUAGAAAAAGGUCCAAUAGAAGUGACACUCCAUGGGAUGGGACGGUUUUGUUGUGAGGGAUUGACUAGUUUUGACAAACUCUUUCAAAUCAAAUUCUGUGUACAUCAAAUUCAUAUAUGAAUCAUAUUUAUCCCCAUGUUUGAUAAAUAAUAUAUGCAUACGUGGGACCUACAAAUUUAUCACAAUUAUCAACAUAUAUUUGUUUUGUAAAUGAUUAUGUUAUUCAUUGGUUAAUUUAAUUCAUACUCGUGUUUAUUUAAUUAUAAAGAAAAAUAAUUGGGAGGUUGGGAUAUGAUUGAAUAGAUAUCAUAUUUUAUUAGGGAUAGAAAAGGUAAUUUGACAUAAUUAACCUAGGAUAGGAUAUAUGAAACCCACCAUUUCUUGGGUUUGUCCAACCCAUAUAUGUAGGUUUAAUACACCGGAUCACUUACGGGUCAAAAUAUGAAUCUCAAAUUUAAAAAUAUUAAUCAAAUACGAUAUUGCGUGUUCUAUCAAACUAUUUUUUUAAACCCCCUUCCACCCCCCCCCCCC